AUGGGUAGCUGCUAGAUGAAUUGCUGCGCCAAUAAAACUGGUGAAAUUGCAUCUAAGGAGACUAAAAAGAAUGAGGUGGAUUUAGAAGAUCCUGAUCCAAAUGACUAUGAUGACAAAGAAAACAGUGUGUCAUCAGUCCAAUAAUAAUAAUAAUAGGUUUCUGAAACUCCAAGAUAAAACAAUAAAGAGAGAGAAAAGUUUUAAGUUGAUAAUGAAAGCAUGUCUAUGAAAAAAAAUUUAGAACCUUAAUCUGUUAAAGAAGUAAGUAUUACUUAUCUGAAUUGCACCGAAAGACAAAAGUUUGAUCCAAUCUAAUUAGAUAAAGGAGCCAUAUAUGAGGGGGAAUGGUUGUUAGGAAAAAGGGAUGGAAAUGGUAAAUAAUAAUGGCCAGAUGGUUCAUGUUAUGAAGGAUAAUGGAAGGAUGAUAAAAGUUGUGGUUGGGGUAAAUUAAUUCAUGCAGAUGGAGAUGUAUAUGAAGGAGAAUGGCAAAAUGAUAAAGCAAAUGGGAAAGGAGUAUAUGUUCAUAUUAAUGGAGCGAGAUAUGAGGGAGAUGUAUAAAAAAUAUUAAUUUAUUAGUGGGUUGAUGACAGAUAAGAUGGUAUAGGAAUUGAAGUUUGGCCUGAUGGAGCUAAAUAUGAGGGAGAAUAUAAAACAGGUAAGAAAAAUGGUAAAGGUAUUCUACUAUUUGCUGAUGGUUCUCGAUAUGAAGGCACUUUUGUUGACAAUGAAAUUGAUGGAUAUGGAACAUAUUAAUGGCCAGAUUAAAGAAUUUACACUGGAUAGUGGAGAAGAAAUAAAAUGCAUGGUCAUGGAUAAGUAACUUGGCCAGAUGGCAGAAAAUAUAUAGGAGUAUCCAUAGCAAAAUAUUCUUUAGGAAUACUUAGAAGAUAAGAAACAUGGUAGAGGAUCAUUUGAAUGGGGAGACGGAAGAAAAUAUGAAGGAAUCUGGGUUAAUGGUAUAUUUAUAUUUAUACUUUUAAAGGGAAAUAAUAAGGAAUUGGUGUAUAUUAUAUGUCAAAUGGAGAAAAGAAAUAUGGAGAGUGGAAGGAUGGAAUUAAGAAAAGAUGGUUAGAAGCAGAAGAAAUAGAAUAAUAUCUAUAAUAAAAUGCUUAGAAUCAAAAAUAACAAUGA